UCCGUCUCACAUUAGGUAUCUAAUUAUUACAAAUCCCUCAUAAAUUAAAACCAGACCCCAUCGAGGAGGUCUGAAAUUGGAAGUAAAGAUGUCGGGAAUGGGAGAUGGUUAUGUCGGUACGGCCCAGGACGCCGUGAAAAUCCGCCGGCUAGAGAAGCAGCGAGAAGCCGAACGGCGAAAGAUUCAGGAGCUCAAGAACAAAACUGCUUCAUCUAUAGGACAGCCUGGUCUUCUUCAGUUCGGCUCCAGUACAUCUGAGAUUCUAGAGACAACAUUUAAGAAGGAAACUGUUGGUCUUGUUACUAGAGAGGAAUAUGUUGAAAAGAGGGUGAAUAUUAGGACUAAAAUUGAAGAGGAAGAGAAGGAGAAGCUUCAGAAGUUGCAACAAGAGGAGGAGGAGCUUUUGUUACAAAAGCUUAAAAAGCGCAAAAUAAAAGCAGACCCUCGAUUAUCGUUUUCUGAUGAUUUUGACAAUGGCAAUGAAGAGGAGGAUGAAGACAACAAAAUCAAAGAAUCAGAGGCCCUUGCAAGGAGAAAAUUUGGGAAGGAUCCAACAGUGGAGACCAGCUUUUUGCCAGAUAGUGAGAGGGAGGCAGAGGAGCAGGCUGAACGCGAAAGGCUCAAGAAACAGUGGCUUCGUGAACAACAACUAAUCAAAAAUGAACCUCUUGAAAUCACCUAUAGUUAUUGGGAUGGAACAGGCCAUAGACGAGUUAUCCAAGUCCGGAAAGGGGACACUAUAGGAGAAUUCCUUCGUGCUGUUCAACAACAGCUUGCCCCUGAGUUUCGAGAGGUUCGGACUACUUCAGUGGAGAACCUGCUUUAUGUGAAAGAAGAUCUUAUUAUUCCUCAUCAACACACUUUCUACGAGCUGAUAGUUAAUAAGGCAAGGGGGAAGAGUGGACCGCUUUUCCAUUUUGAUGUCCAUGAAGAUGUGCGCACAACAGCAGAUGCAACUAUAGAGAAGGAUGAGUCACAUGCUGGGAAAGUUGUAGAAAGACAUUGGUACGAGAAAAAUAAGCAUAUUUUCCCUGCUUCUCGGUGGGAGAUUUAUGACCCGAACAAGAAGUUUGACCGGUAUACUAUCCAUGGGAAUUAAUUUAUCGAGCACAAUGAUAUGAUAUUUGAAGAUAUUGGUGCCAUAUUGUUACCAUUUCAUCUUGAUUGAUCUUUUAACUCAUCAAUUCUAUUGGCAGCAUUCAGGAAGAUGUAGGGGUUUUGUUAUUAGGGGUCUAACUUCAAAUGUCAUGUGCAAUACUUUUGUAGGCCUAUUGUGUUUUAUUAAUUAUUUUAUGUAUUACACAGCGGAGAAUUGAAUUACUGGUUUUUAUAAGCUUAUGGUUUUGAGCAAUUGGGUAAAUUUUGCACUGAUGUGUAUUAAUAAGUGCUGUUUGGUGUUGAGAAAUGAGAAUACAUCAAUUCGUCAGUGCCUGUAUAUAUAUUGAGUACUUUAUUGACAUUAUUAAAAAUUCAAGAUAAUUUAUAUUUCCCCUUUA